GCGGGGGGAGCGGCGGGGACCGGCGCCUGUUGCCCCGAGAGAGUUAACGGUGCGGGGAAAGUCGUCUCUCCUCCGCCCGUGCCGGGCGCCUGGCAACCGGGGCGCCGCGCAUGUAGGGCCGCCGGGGGCCGCCGCCGCCGCCGCCCCCGCGCCGGGCCCCGCGUCCCCCUCCCCGCCCCGGACAAGGCGUUUAACGUGCCCAGGCGUGAAGUAUGGCAUGCAAAGAUGGUUUCUGCCAAGGAGCCAGCCAUCGCCAUGUCCUCGGGUCUCUCCAUCGCCCUCCUGCACUGCCUGUGCCUGGCGACGUGUCUCACCGGGCCGCCGGGGCAGAGCAAAAAAGAGGAGAAAUUGUGGCCGGAGAAUUUCACCAGCAUCCUGAACAGCCUCCUGGAUGGCUAUGACAACCGGCUGCGACCGGGAUUCGGGGGUCCUGUUACUGAAGUCAAAACAGAUAUAUAUGUCACCAGUUUUGGACCUGUUUCUGAUGUAGAAAUGGAGUAUACAAUGGAUGUGUUCUUCCGUCAGACAUGGGUAGACAAAAGAUUAAAAUAUGAUGGCCCUAUUGAAAUUUUAAGACUUAAUAACUUGAUGGUUUCGAAGGUGUGGACUCCCGACACUUUCUUCAGGAAUGGGAAAAAGUCUGUUGCACAUAAUAUGACAGCCCCAAAUAAACUCUUCAGAAUAAUGAGAAAUGGCACCAUCCUGUACACAAUGAGGCUUACAAUAAGUGCAGAGUGUCCCAUGAGAUUAGUGGAUUUUCCCAUGGAUGGUCAUGCUUGUCCUCUCAAAUUUGGGAGUUAUGCUUAUCCAAAGAGUGAAAUGAUUUAUACCUGGACAAAAGGACCUGAGAAGUCAGUGGAAGUUCCUGAGGAGUCUUCCAGUUUAGUUCAGUAUGACCUGCUCGGGCAUACGGUAUCCACUGAAACCAUUAAAUCUAUUACAGGUGAAUAUAUUGUUAUGACAGUUUACUUCCACCUCAGACGGAAAAUGGGUUAUUUUAUGAUUCAGACCUAUAUCCCAUGCAUUAUGACCGUGAUCCUUUCUCAAGUUUCAUUUUGGAUAAAUAAGGAAUCCGUUCCAGCUAGAACCGUGUUUGGAAUAACCACAGUCUUGACAAUGACGACACUGAGCAUCAGUGCAAGACAUUCACUGCCAAAAGUAUCCUAUGCUACUGCCAUGGACUGGUUCAUAGCGGUCUGCUUUGCCUUUGUGUUCUCUGCUCUUAUUGAGUUUGCUGCUGUCAACUACUUUACGAAUAUUCAAAUGGAAAAAGCCAAAAGGAAGACGGUAAAAUCCCUUCUUGAAUUUCCAGUUGCACCAGUACAGAGAAAAAGAAGUACAGAAGAGACAGUCACGAGUACAGAUGCCAAUUCAAAUGUGAGGAAAAGAAUGAAUGCCACAGUACAGUCUGAAGCUGAUGGUGGGAGCCGAAUUGACACACGGCACAGCUCUAUCCAGCCUCCCUCAGUAGCUCAGGGGUCUUCUGACAUUACACCCCACUCCCUUUCUGCAUCAAGUCCCAACCCUUUCACACGCAUCAAUGCAUCAGAGACAUUAUCUUCUGCAAGAGCUACCCCUCCAGCUCCUCCUUCUACCCCAAUUUUAACUGGAUUUGUAUCCCAGCAUGCCACAGCUGGAUCCCCUUCCAUUCAGCACUUGCUUGGAUCUAGACUGGAGCAGAUUCAGACCACCACACCUAAUACAUUAGGAGCAUCUGCAAAGCCAUCUGCUGUCACACCACCUGCUCCCCCCGCCUCCCACUCUGGCACGAGUAAGAUAGACAAAUAUGCACGCAUUUUAUUUCCUGUUACCUUCGGAGCAUUUAACAUGGUCUACUGGGUGGUGUAUCUAUCCAAGGAUACCAUGGAAAAAUCAGAAAGUCUAAUGUAGUUUUGCUGCUAUGUAGUAGUUCCUAAAUUAUACUCACAUUUGAUGCAGAGUUUCUUCUUUUGAAACUAUUUAAAAAGGUCAAUAAUUCUUAUUUAUAAAAGCUGUGUGCUACUUUCCCAUUGCAAAGGCUGGAGUUAUUGGGGAUAAUUAGUUAACUCCUACCAGAGUAAAGGGUAACAGAUUUGUCUUCCUCCCUUCAGCUAGCAGUGAACCAUCAUUCUCUUCAGACAGACUACUCUGGCUACACAGAGGUUGCCUGUGGGAGGAACACGCACCCCAAACAGAUCAAAGGCAGAGGUGCAGAGCUGUGCAGUGGAACACAUCUUGUAUGUUCAUCAUUACAAAUCCCUGAGGCACCCAGCUCUGCUGUCUGGACACAGCAUUGCAUUCUCGGAGUGCAAGGUCCAUGUCCUGAAUAUUUUGACAGUGCUUGCUAGAGAAGGACUUUCCCUGCUAGAUUAAAAUUGGCAGAAUGGGGGGAAGAAAAAUGAACAGUGGAAAAAGAAAAGAGAGUCCAGCCUGGGAGAGUGCAACUCCAGAAAAGUUAUGCAAAGGAGUUGUAGAGCUCCAUAUAUUUUUACUAAGCAUUAUUUUGCGUUGCAACCUGCAAAAUUCUCACUCCAAAAUAAGAAUGAGUGAACCUUGUAAAAUCUGCAAUCUGAUGUAAUUCUCAAAAUUGCAGUUUUUUGUUUGGUAAGGUGAUCUCAAGUGUGUGAUUCUUCUUUGACCUUGCUGACCAGCUUGAGUGGAUUUAUUCCUAAAUUACAUCCAUUGUGGUCGAUGAGGACCAGGUCCACAAUGUUCAACUUCUUAUUUGAAUUUUUGUUAAUUUUGUUCUUUCUUUGGAUGCUUUGGGGUUUGUUUUUUUUCUUCUCUCUCCCUUCCCCCCCCCCCCCCCCCCCCCCCCCCAUAUUUUUUUAAGUCACAUUCCUCUGAUUUCCUUUGAACACAUAUUCCCCCCUGCUUUAUAUAAUGUUUGAGUCAAGUUAAAUUUUCAAUACGGUUUUAAAAGUGGCUUCAAAAUUAAGCAAAACGAAUUUUCCUAUGCUUUGAUGAGCAUGGCUAUGGCACAUCUUUGAGUGAGAGACACCCUUUUGUGAAGGAAUGCUAUGACAUAAAGAAGAAAAUAAAGUUUCUAGGUGGAGCCUGGGGGAAAAAGGUUUAUUUGUGGUCUGUGUUUCUCUUAACCUAUGGCACAGAUGAUGAUAGGUGCUUUUCUUAGUGGCUCAGAUUGCAAUAUGCAAGCAGGCAACUUUAAUAAAGAGCUGAAUAGUUCAAGCCUGAUAGAAAACUUGAUCAGAAAUGUUCUUUUCACCAGAACGGGUGGAAGAUAUGCUGGCAAUAAAUCUAAAAAUGUUUGUACAGAUCCAUCUGGCUAGGCAAAUGUUAGCAUUUCUCUGCAGGUGACACGCGAAAAUCAAAGGCCAAAUAGUCAGCUGUGAUCUGGCUAUGCCUUGGAAGGGUAUGGGUUAAUCCUUAGUUUCAGCUGAUUGGUAUAGCAGAUUGGUGGGCUGUUGUCAAAAUUCUGUGCUGGGGGCAGAUCAGGUGAGUGUUGAGUGGUUCUGUGCCCUGGUAGUGAACAAGUGACUGAUGGAAACCACAAACAACUGGGGUAACUGAGGACAUGCAUGAGACUGCAACUGGACUAUGCUGGGACAAGAAUCAGAAUAAAAAGACCCAGUGAUAGUGGAACUAUGUAUCUCUGUGCUGCUUUCUCUCUCUCCAAACCUUUUAGCCAGUUCAUGGCUGAGAAUCUGACCUUUAACUUACAGGACCCGGGAGACUGCAAGAGAUGUGGACUACAGCAUGUAGUAUGGAUCCAGGCUGCUAUUUCGUGUAUAGCAUUGGACUGUCAGUGGUAGAAUGCACAGGAUGUGGGAAUGUCUUACAUGACUUUAUUAUGAUGUAGUGGUAGAAACAGUUACAUUAGUCUUUUCUUUUUUACUUAAGUGAUGUUCUCAAAAGGCCAGGUAUGAUCCAGAGGUCAUCUAGUCCAACCCCCCCUGCACUGAGCAGGAACACCUUCAGCUAGAUCAGGUUGCUCAGAGCCCCGUCCAACCUGGCCUUGAAUGUUUCUAGGGAUGGGCAUCUACCACCUCUCUGGGUAACCUCUUCCAGUGUUUCACCACCCUCAUUGUAAAAAAUUUGUGCCUUAUAUCUAGUCUAAAUCUAUCCUUUUUUAGGUUAAAACCAUUACCCCUUGUCCUGUCACAACAGGCCCUGCUAAAAAGUUUGUCCCCAUCUUUAUUAUAAGCCCUGUUUAAGUACUGAAAGGCUGCAAUAAUGUCUCCCUGGAGCUUUCUUUUCUCCAGGCUGAAUAACCCCAACUCUCUCAGCCUUUCUUCAUAGGAGAGGUGUUCCAUCCCUCUGAUAACUUUUGUGGCCCUCCUUUGGACCCGCUCUAACAGGUCCAUGUCUUAGAAGUCUGAGAUUACAACACUCCUUAGAAAACCAUUACACAUGCCAUAGUACAGAACUGGAAAUGGAGCGCCCAUGCAAGGUGUCUAACUGCAGUAGUUUGCAUCUUUGCAAACUACUGUAGCUGUUUCUUCCCUAAUUUGGUCGCAUUAUUGCAGACUGUCAGAAUAGAAGACAGUAUACAAGAGAUUAUUUGUUUUGUUAAGCCAGAAGAAACAAAGCUAAUUCUCUGGCAGUUAUUGGUCAUAAUUGCACAAAUGAUAAAAUAUUUCUAGUAUGAAGAACAAUGGCCUUCUGUGUUGAGAGCCUAGUGUUUGCACCAGAAGCUACUGAAAUUAUUCUUUGCUUUCCUCUAUGAUGAAAACUAAGGCUGUUUUCUCUCAGGCAGAGCUUUAAAUGAUUCACUAGAAACAGCUGUCUCUUCCUUCCACCCAUCCCUGUACACUGAUUGUAUAAUCAGCUUUUUCAGUCCAUUGUUCAGUAGGAUCAACACUGAAUACUGGUUCAGCCUAUUGACCAAGAUCGAUCUAAAUGUGCUACUUGGAUUCAUUUGUAGUUACUGUUUCAUUUUAAAGACUUGUAAGGAGGAAAAAAGGAUUGCAAAAAACCAAUAGAUUCAAAUAUUUAUUUCUAUACUUCCAUUUUUGAAGAAUGAUUUUUUUUUUCCUGUGGUAUCAUUAAAAAUAUUUUUAAUCUGUCAGCGUAUUUCUGAAGUACCUUCCAACACUUGCAUGCCUACGUUCAAAAUGAGAUAUAUAUAUAUAAAAAAAUCUCAUUAUGAGUCUAGGACUAAUUUGUUGUACUGUGCUACAUUUUUGUUUUACAGCAUAUGAAGAAAUUAGCAUAACUAGCUUUCCAAAGUACCUAUGGACAAUGUAAAUAGGAAUUUAUUGUUAACAGUGGUUCUGAAUUAUAUUUAAUCUCCUUGCAGAGUGAUGAGAAACAGUAAAGAGCCUGCAGUAUACUCAGUAAUACCGGCAGGUUCUGAAUACUGUGUAAUUCUGAAGCACAAACAAAAGCAGGAAUAUGCUAAAUAUAGUGGCCCAAAUGUUCAACACUGCUAACUCAAAUCCUAAGGGAGAAUGUUGCAGGUGUCAUUUCAGUGACCAAAUGGCUUCCUAGGGCUGGGUUUGAGUGCGAUAAAUCUCUACAGGAGCUUUUUUUUUUAAUAUUGGCUUUGUCGAAUAAUCUUUUUUUGACAGUGCCAUAGUGAUUUAACACUAACGAAACACUUCAGAUAGAUAGUCAUCUCUCUGAACGGGGAAGGAAACUGGAUGGAAAGCCAGAAAACCUUACCAGGAAACAGAGAUAGAUCUCCACUGACUGCUGUUUCCUCGGAGACAUUGUUACCAACAGCAAAACUCCCACAGAUUGCAGUGAUGCAGCCCCAACCACUUAUGUAGUCAUUUGAGAAAACCAGUUAAAAACUCAGUUCAGGCAGAUUACUUUUGCAGGAACUGAAGUGUAUUUUAUUGUAAAUUGUGAGCAAGGUCAAAUUUCUAUCAGUCCACUAUUAGCAGGUUUCACUGCAAUUGCAAAACUAAUGAAACCAAGCAAAGUGGCAAACCUAGACCCCAGCCCUCCGUUGUGACCUGAGCUCUUAGAGCGCACCGGCAGAACUGGAGGCUGUUUCUCCUCCUAUAAAAUGGACUUGUCUCCAUCAAAUGGAUGUUGGUGGUGUAUUUCUUCUUCCAUGUGUCUUUUAAGGGGAAAAAAAGUAGACUUUGUAAACUGUUUAGUCAUCCAGUCUAUAUUGCCCUGUGAUCAGGCAGGUAAACCAUGUGAUAAUUGAAUGAAAGAGGCAAAUAAUUUAAUAAGGUUUUAAUAAGGUUGAUUAGAGCUUUUCUGUUAACAGGAGCUAACGGCAUCUCAUCAUUUUCAUCAUUCAGGGUGGACCUUGCAAAAACUUGGGGAAACCAGGUAACUGUAUUUAAUAGGAUUUAACCAGUAUUUCUAUAGAAAAGUGGAUGAACUCAACUUUUCAAUAUGCAGAGAACAGUGCCUCCUUCAACUUUCUUGUGCAUACCUCCUGCAUGUCGCUUGGCCGCAGUGUACCUUAUGCGGUAGUACAGUGUCUCUGUGCCAUGUGAGAACUUCAGAGUAUACAGUAUAGGGUUAGCCAGUUUACCCAAAGCCUAAGAUUCCAAUCUCCCUUGUGCCUGGGCACCUUGGAAGCGGACAGAAGGCCAGAAUAGAAGAAAUGACCACACGGGUUGUGUAAGAGACACGUGUUGGCUACCUGGGACAUUUUCCUAUGGAUGCUACAGGAGAUUUCCUAGGAGAAUCUUUCUCAGUGUGAGAAACUGGAGCAUGGUUUCUGCUGUAGCACACACUCCCCACAGAUCCCAAAAUCUUCCAAGAGAUCUAUUUAGGAAGCAGAGUAGACUGGGCUCCAGAACUUGAGCUUGACCCAAAAGAUGUAGGUGGAAAGAAAUUAUGGUGUUUCUUUGUCUUUCUGGAACUUGCCAAUAGGGGUUGAUUGUACUAAAAUAGGGAAGUGUUGUGUGGCUGUCGCCGUUGUGAAUUGCAGUACAGACAGCUGACAAAAAUUUGCCUUUGGUUUUGUUUAAUCUGGACGUUGAAUAACAGAUCAGGAAAAUGGCAACUGUAAUGUUGAGAAGCCUGGGUGAAGUGUAAUGUUUACUGAUGGUAUAAAGUUGUAGAAGCAUUGCAGAACUGCAGAACUACACGGCAGUAAAUUUGUAGCAGGUCAGUGGGAAGUGGGGAGAAUAGGAGGUGCUUCUCUUCAUAGUCUGACAAGCAUAAAGCAAUGCAGCAUAAAGUUGGGGGAGCGAAACUCUAUAAAUAAAAUUUCUUACUCAUUGAACAUCCAAAGGGUAAAUAGCCUUAUGGAGGUCAGUAUUAACUCCUCGCCCUGCCCCCCCCAACCCCCCAGAAACAAAGAAAAAUCCAGGAAAAAAGAAACCAGUUAAGUGACAAUAGCAUCUUUUCUCCCCAAAUAUAUUUUUUUUUCAAGACCUUAUAUUUCUUUUACUGUGUGAUUCCAAGGUAAGUUACUUACAAUGCUAUUGUUGUAAGGACCAGUACUGGUAUCCACUGAAAUCCAUAUGUGGUUUUCAUUGACUUCAGUGCACUUUAAAAAGGAAGUUUACUGGAAGGAAAAAUGCACCAUUUUGAAAGAGUCUGGUAUGCAUUAAUUUGUGCAAUCUUCAUUUAUAGGUCUCUUCUCAGAGUCAAGGUGUAGCUUUUUUGGAGAAUAUGAGUGUGGUGAGCAGUUUCAGCAUGUCCUGAGUAAAUCAGACUCUGAAAGGAAGUUUUUGCCCCAUCCCAAGCAAGUGAGAGUAGUGUGAAGUACAGAGCACUCUGAAAAGAUCUCUCUUUGCUAAUGUUAUGUACUGUGUUCUUAGCUAGAGGGAAUGAAAAAUGCAAUUGCUGUAAAACCAGUAGAAUUUGUAAAACCUACUUUGUUUUCACAUGAAUUAGACAAUGUAGUAGGUAUUUUUUUCAGAACUGACUAGCCUGCUAGUCCGUAACUUCUACAAACUUCUCAGCCUUUCUUAUGCUUCUUAUAAUUUCCACUAGAAAGGACUUCAAAGCAAACCCCUUACUAUCCACGGCAGUUCACUUCAUUUUUUGGUCAUAAUUCUAUUUUCAUGUGCAAGAGAAACUGAGAGCGUGAUGGCUUCUUUAAAAUUAAAAUAACAGCAGCAAAAAUAAAAAGACUUGGAGAUUCCCUUUUUAGAAAACCAUCCAAACUCCCAUCAAUUAUCGAAUGCUUUUUUUAAAUAAUAGCAUAGAUUUAGCAUUUAAAAAUACUAAUGUGAUCACAGCCUGGAUAUAUAUAUGCAUCCAUUCAAAUAAUGUGAAUUCCCUGAAUUGUAAGGGAGGCAGGCUCAAGAUGCAUUUGCAAGCAGUCUUGUUUUGAAAGAGUACUUUUCUGGAUGGAAAGCAUCAUGUGAGGUAGGUUGUUAUUAUUAUCAUCAUCUUAUCUCUAUUUUGAAGAAGAUGAUCCUGAGGGAAAAUACAGUACUACUGAAUUAACCCUCAACUAGCACAGAGAUACAGGUCAUUUCCCGCUGGUGGCCUUGCUGUUGUUGAUCAUCUCCAACAUUUGCUGUGUGUUUUUGUGAGUGUUGUACCCACGUUGCUGUUAACUGACCUAGCACUGUGUGGAUGAUCUGAUGGCAUAAAGAAGCACUUAAAGAAAUAAUAAUUAUUUGUGAGUAUGUUUUCAUCCUUGAAAGACUUAACUGGAGGUUGGUAGCAGAAGCAGGUGACAGUAUGAAACACUCAUCUGGACUUCCGAGCUCGAUGCAUUACAAAAAUCAGUCGAGUACUGCUUUGUCUUGCCUCAUCAUCUUGUGCUGAUGGCUCAUCUCCAUGGUAAGUAAAGAUACACGAGGAUGGAGGACUCAGAAGUCAAGAACAUGUACAAGUAUUUCUUCAAACUAUGAGGUAACCUUAUUACUAACAGUAACUUCACAGGCUGCUUUACAUCUGCAAGCUUGAAGAUCUCCUAUUCUGCUAGGAUGUACCAGGUUGUCAAAUGAAUAAUAACAUACUGUUCAUAAAUAUAUGAUUCUGUAUGUACAUGCAUUUCAAUUUUUAUUUGUGGCAACAUUCUCUGGCACCAGAGCAGUGGUGGAGAUUUGAGGAGUUUGAGAUAACCAGAGUUCUUGUAGAUUUACAUGAAAAUAUCAUUUUGUUUCAUAGAUGCAUGCCUUUACAAAUCCAUACCAGCAGCACAUUCAUGGUGGAAAUGAAUCCACUUGUGCAAAAUCCUGGCCUUGAGUAUUUAACCCAUAUUUGAAGGGCUCAUGAAGCUUGUUGGGCAGGGCAGGACUCAGGGCAUGUUUGCUCUAAGGGGCUUCUGGAUUGGAGCUGGCUUAUGUCCUGCCAUCCUCUGAAGCAGUCUGCACCAGACUGCCCACAAGCAGAAUCCAUGUUUUUUGUUUCGUUGUUGUUUUUUUUGUUUGUUCGGUUUUGGUCUGUUUGUUUUUUAAUACCAUGACUAUGCCACCAUAAAACUCUAUUACUGCUGAACGUAGUGCUCCCACCUUCUUCCUUGCUGUCUUCUUUUGUGUGGGGAGUAGUAUUGUGUGGUCAUGGUGAGCUGGCUGAAAUAAAUUGUCUAGCUAAAAACCAGUUUUCUGAUCUGGCUCCCCAUCUUAGUGCUGAAUCAAAGGAGGUAGUGAGGGGGCUGGGAUUGAUGUUUUGAACUGGGUUAAAAAGCUGGUGUGAAAUCACAGCCUGAGGAUCCUCAUCCUGCCUCCUCUGGCAUUAGGCCCUCUCAGGAUUUUUCGAACCACAGGUGCCCUCUGUAGUCAUUUUUCCUCCACAAAGGUGAUUUUGUGAAUUACAUCAAUGACAAAUAACGGAGGAAAAAAUAUAAGCAGGCCAGAAUUUAUAAAAGAGCCCAAAUCAAUAAAGUUAUUUGAAGCACGAGAAAAGGACAAGAAGGAAAAACAUGAGUAAGGAUGAAAAAUUUAGUUUCUUGCUACCAAGCAGUUAUUUUAAGAUAUGUUCUAUUAGAGGUACUAGAACAGCAUCUGGCAGGAAACAGCUUAGAAAUAAUUAUUUAUUCAUUAUAAGUAUAAUGAGAAAGUAAUAAAGAAAAUAAGUUGCUAAUGUCCUCUUAGAAACAUUCAUGUUCCAUUGAAGUUGUUUUCCCUAAAAGAAGCGUAUUUUCAUCAGCAUCCAGGAAGAAUUAGGAGACAGAAUGGUAAGGGAAAAAGAUGGAGUUUUAUUAAGUAUUACUGUUUCCCUCUGUUUUACAGCAUUUCUCAACCAAAACUGUAAAGAGUAACCAUUUUUUUUUUAAAUUUUUCUGGGACUCCAUAUAUUUAAUUUUCAGUAAUGAAGCACUUUGGAACUUUUAGCAUUUGACUGGCUUUAUGUUCGAGAGACUGAAUGCAGAGAUUGCUGCCUCUGGUUUAAUUUGGUUGUAGAAGGACUGGGGGGGAAUGGGCUGGGGGGUGGGAGCAGAGGAAAAAGCUUUCAUUACAGUAACAGACAGUUUUUGGAAGUAUCAUGCUUUCCUACUAAAUACGACGAUUUCAGUCCUGGUACCUGAAUUCAUGGGAGCUUUUUAGUGCUGAGCAUUUCUGAUAAUCCGGUCAGUACUACAGCCUGUGGGCUGCAGCUGCAUUUAAAGUAGACGUGCCUGAAAAUGUGCAUCCACAACCUCGGCACUUGCACAGCAUUGAUCCCGUGAAAGGCAAAGAUGUGUUUGUAACCACUGUAAGGCUGCAGGAGAGCUUCUGUGUUGCUGAUGUGGGAGAAGGUAGGAAUCUAUGAUUGGAAGUAGAGGGGAGGAAGGAGAGUGAGAUUGCUUAUUUCAGAGACAGUGCAGAUCUUGUAUUGGAUUAAGCCACUUAUGAAAAUGUCCCCUAAACUCUCUUCCAAGUAGGCAGUUUAGGCACCAGCUGAGUGCAAUGUGGAAUUCAACAGCAACCGCAAAUCCUGCCUGAGGAGCAGCACAGCUGAUCUGUCCUAAGGUUUCUGAUGUUGUGACUAGAAGACUGGAAAGAUGUGAGCUAGCAGCUGCUGCCAGCUGGGAUGCAUCCACAUUACUGUGCAUCCAAGCUGUACCGUGAGGCAUCGGGGCCCUCAGAGCACUGGGGGUGGGAUGGAAAAUGCAUUCUUGGAGUACAAAAUGAGGCAGACUGUAGCGGAAGAAAACUCCCCUUUCAGGUCAGCACCCCUGAUGCUCACUGUAACAGCACCGAACAUCCCAAAGGAGGAUCAGGGUGUGUUGCAGUCCUCUUGCACGUCUGCUAAAUGUUCUAAUAUGGGGAGGGGUGGGAGCGACAAGCACGUGUACAGUAACGAAACAGAGGAUGCUUAGUGCUGCGGCCCAGUAAGCACCCACAGUCUCUGUGGUGAUUCCGUUGUAAGAAGUGUCCAACUGUGCAGACUCUGCUCCUGAAGCACAUGCCAGCAGUUUGUGGGCUUUCUCAGAAGCAGAACUGCAUCUCUGGUUUUUGUGUAUAUAGUUACUAUGGCCCUACCGCUUCUCCCAUAGCUUAAACAUUGGAAAAAGGGGUUUCUCUUUGACACUUAUUUCUCCGUUUUGUUGUGUAUAUGUGAAGAAGAAAAACAAGCUGAUUUUUUUUUUCCUAGUUUUAUUUACUUUUUAAGAAAAGAGGUUUCCUCACCUGCACACGUGGAAUUCACAAGCUUUGUUGCAAACUACAGGAAGGUAGCAAACACUCCUAAGCUAACUUCAGGAUAAUUUCUAUGAUUAUUAAAAAGACAGCUUUUGUUUUCAAAUAAAACCUCUCAUUUGGAGAGUAUUUAGUUACAACUUUUUACAUGAGCUGUAGUUUAUAAAACUAUUUUCUCUGUACUGAAAAUGUGAAUUUUAUUUGUUUCCAUUUUACGAAGAAGGUAAGACACAAUGAAUGUACAUGUUUUUUUGUCUGUUAAGCUAGUUGAUAUAUAUCAUGGUAGGAAAUAUGCUUAGCCAUGUGAUAUUUGGUAGCCAUUUCAUAAAUACAUGGAUAGAACAUUUUUUCUUUGGAGAGUGUGAAGAUCAUACGUUAUCAGAAGGUAGGAGAGAGAGAUUCAAAAAGGCUACUUCUUGCUUCCUAUCUGGAGAUUAUGCAUAAAUAUAGUGAACUAAGGUAAGAGAAAAUAUGUGAGUAAAAGGAAAGACCUCUGAUCUGCACACAAGCAAUUGUUCUUACUAAGUAUGUGUGUUAACAGCUUCCCUAUACGCUUUCAGGUUUUCCCUCUGCUGUGGACUGGGGGAAGUGCAAUGCCUUUUCCAACAAGACUUAGGAAUUUUUAGGUUCAGUUCAUCAGUCCAGUCAGGAGUGCACUCAGUCAGUGCUGGUCUUGCUGAGACAAAAGUGUGGUCUCAUAGGUCGAAGUUUAAUCCUGGUGGAGCAAUCUGUCCAGCAGGAGAAGGUAAUCCCAGUUCUGGGUAAGAACAUCUGAGGCUGGAGACCCUUAGGCAUUUUGCUGAGGUGAGAUGUGAGAGUUGAAUGAGGCUUAAGAGCUGCUCAUUAGCUAUUUAAAAACCCCUAAGUGUACAAUCAAAAAACACGCUUCAGUGUGUCCUGCUACUUUUGCUCCAUUUUGAUUCGUUCUGGACCUGUCGCUGGCUUCGCUCCAUUGCCUCAUGGUUGAGGUGGGCGGCAGCAGCUGCUGGGAUGGUGCAGGAUUCGCAUGCCUUCCCGUCAGCUGAGGGCUCUGCUCACUGCUGAGCAUCACCAGGGUGGACAGCAGAGGCUGGGCAGGGAGAAGGCAUGUGCCCAUGCAGGUGGUAGGUAAAACCUGGCAGUCAGGCAGUGAGGUGCAGUGUGGAUAUGGUUGGAGUACUGAAGCAGUGGUCUCUGAAGAUCUCUGUGUGCGUUGCAAGAUCCAGUGUUAGAGCAAUGCCAUAAAGCACUUGGGAUGCUUGAAAUACAAGUCAGUUGUAGAGCAGACAAAAGGUUAUCUAGUUUCCAGAUUUUGUGGAUGUGUGCUACCGCUGCCAGCCCAAUCAUGCUGUGUGCUGCUGUGGCAAGGACCAUUCGACUAGAAAGUCAUGCUAGUGUUGCAUCACUAGCAAAUACACAGAGCAGCAACAGUAUACUAAAAGCCUGGCUGCAGACACAGUAUUUACUUGCUGGUAAAAA